AUGGAACAAAAAUGUGAUUUCGAGAGCUCUAGAGGAGGAGUUGAGCCGUCCGAUCGGUACUAUCUUUGGGAUCCUAUUGAUAGACCUGGGUGGAUUCUUCCACUUUGGGAUGUUAGUGUUCCUUUUAAACAUGUUGCCCUUUCUUCAUCACCUAAAGAUCACAAAAGUAUUUGCACUGUGAUGGUUCUAACAGGCAUUCAAAGACCGGCUUUCGCAUUUUGUCACCUAAGAGGAGGUAAAUAUGCAUGGUUCAAGCAAGACAGCACCCUUGUGGAGCCUCACUCUUCAAACCACCAACUCAUGCAAUUCACCAAUGCCAUUGCAUUCGAUGGAAAGUUCUAUGCAUUGAGUUUACAAGGAACUCUUGCGGUUAUGGCAAAAAUCGAUUCUCAUUUCACUAUCACAAGUUUAGGCACAAACAGGGCUGUUCCCAGUGUUCAUGCAAUGCAUUUCAAGGAGUAUUUGAUUGAAUCCAAUGGAGAAAUCUUGUUGGUUUUCUUAGUCUCUAGGAAAUUUUAUUCAUAGGGUGAAAAAUGUGGAGGUUUAUCGGCUUCGGUUCGAUAGACUCUCAUGGGUGAAGAUGGAGAGCAUUGGGGAUAGAACAUUGUUUGUGGGGACUAAUUGUUGUAUGUCGGUUAAUGCAAGCAAAAUAGGAUGUAGGGUAGAUUGCAUAUAUUUUAGCAAUCAAACAGUUGGUGAGUGGUUGGUAUAUGAUAUGGAGAGAGGAAGCAUCUCACCUAGUUGGGAAAACUAUGAUUCUAGUA